GGGUCGCGGUACUCGUGCCGACGUACAUUAUGGUCACGGCCCCACCUGACGACGGGCACAUUAUCUAUCCUGGACGAGCAGUUUGUGCCCAGAUUAACUGGGGAGUUGCUGGUGGUAUCAUCGUCGCCAGUGUUUACCUCGUCACGUCCAUUGGCAUCUCAGGCGGAAACAUUGAGGUGCUGUGGGCCCUGGCCCAGAGAGUGGCAGCAUGGAACUCUCGGGGCCUCGACUGGAUUCUAGGCGGUGACUGGAACGCCGAUAUCGAUGCGCUCAAUGUUCGCAACUGGGUCGAGACCAUGGCAGCCAUCCACUAUGUGCCCGACCAGCACGCCUGCAUCACUGACGAGGGCAAGAGCACCAUAGACUAUUUUGUCGUCUGCGCCAACUUAGCGUCUCGCAUCAAGGGCAAGCCCGAGGUCCAGUAUGACUCCGCGGUCGUGCCGCCGCCGCACUUCCCUGUGGGGCUGCAGCUCAUGGGCGAGGAUCGCCCCACGUGGUGCCGUGUCCCUGUGGAGCCGCGCCCCUUUGCGGUGGUGCCGCCCGUUGGCUGCGCCAGGUAUCCCUACCCGUGGCAUAUGCCCCAGUCGGAGUUCCAGCAGGUCAGUAGUGUCGAUGACUUGAGCUCGCUCUGGGACUCCGUGCUGCGAGGGGUGGACUACGAGCUGGCAGGGCGUUACGACUGCGCAGGCGCCAAGGCCAUGCACUACAUCGGACGCGAGGGGCCGCCGCAGUUCAAGUGGCAGCUCCUGUCAUGGCAGCCGCCGCGCAGGCGUACCUACAAAGAGCCGUCCGUGCUGGCUUGGGCCACGGCGAGGCGCUGGGCCCAGCACCUUGUGGCCGAGAAGAAGCGGCUUGUGAGGUGCAUUGAGCGCCUCAAGUUGUGCGCCCUCAUCUGCGCCAUCACGCCGCUGCAGUACACCAAGGUUGUCGUGGCCUUCAAUGAGGUGGCUGCAUUCUAUGGGCGCGUGGCUCGGUCAGAGCAGGUGUCCAACCUGGCCCGAGCGGCCAAG